AGUGUGUCCAACCUAAUGGGUGGCAAGCUCAUGUGUUACUGACUUUACUGAAAAACAACAACAAAAUAAAAUGAAUAUUUUUUUUUAUACAUUUUUGUUCUAGUCUGUUUUAUGAAUUAUUCAAGGUAAGACAAAGUAUUUUAAAACGAUUCAAGGAGUGGGGACAAAAAAGCUUUUCAUCAGUCUUUGGUGUAUCCAAGAACCUUUAAAACUUCGCAAGUUUCUGCAACUUGAUGUCACACAUCCUGCAGUGGGAUUAAUCAUUGCUAAAACACCACACUUUAGUGUCGUCCCUGAUCUGUUAACUGUGCAUGCUUGGCACCUCUAGAAGACUUUGUCAGCAUGUGUUCCUGAUGUUAAAUGUAUAGCAUUUUUAGUGUAGUUUUGUUGUGUGUUUUCAUGCUUCAAACUCUGAAAACUUGGAAGGCCCAAGAGCUGUACUCUCUGAGAAUGCAAAGGAGCAGAGAAAAGAUGGAUAGAGAUAAGAUGGAAGAAGAGACGCAUCAGUGUGAGAAGAAGUUAAGAGUGUGUGUCGCAACAUGCAACAGAGCAGAUUACUCCAAGUUGGCCCCCAUCAUGUUUGGGAUCAAAUCCCACCCUGAUGAGUUUGAUCUGGAAGUUGUGGUGCUCGGUUCACAUCUCAUUGAUGAUUAUGGGAACACUUUUCGUAUGAUUGAGCAGGAUGACUUUGACAUUGGCUCUAAGCUUCACACUAUUGUUAGAGGAGAAGAUGAAGCAGCCAUGGUGGAAAGUGUUGGGCUGGCAUUGGUGAAACUCCCUGACGUCCUGCAGAGACUGCGCCCUGACAUCCUGGUUGUGCACGGUGACCGUUUUGACGCUCUUGCUCUGGCAACUGCUGCAGCCCUGAUGAAUAUUAGAAUACUUCACUUGGAGGGAGGAGAGGUCAGUGGUACAAUUGAUGAUUCAAUCCGUCAUGCUAUUAGUAAAUUGGCUCAUUAUCAUGCCUGCUGUACACGCAUGGCAGAGCAGCACCUCAUCGCCAUGUGUGAGGACCACUCUCGCAUCCUUCUGGCUGGAUGCCCCUCAUACGAUAAGCUGCUGCUGACUCAUCACAGAGAUGACUACAUGGAUAUCAUCAAGAGCUGGUUAGGUGACAAGGUGCAGGACCAUGACUAUAUUGUGGCAUUGCAGCACCCUGUCACCACAGACAUCCAGCAUUCCAUUAAAAUCUAUGGACUGAUGCUGGACGCAUUGCUCUCCUUCAAUAAGAGGACACUCAUCCUCUUUCCUAACAUUGAUGCUGGAAGUAAGGAGAUGGUGCGUGUCAUGCGAAAGAAAGGCAUCGAGCAGCACCCCAACUUUCGGGCAGUGAAGCACAUUCCCUUUGAGCAGUUCAUCCAGCUUGUCUGCCAUGCUGGCUGUAUGAUUGGAAACAGCAGCUGUGGAGUUCGAGAAGCGGGAGCCUUUGGUACGCCAGUCAUUAAUCUGGGAACAAGGCAAACAGGAAGAGAGACUGGUGAAAACGUUCUACAUGUCAGAGAUGCUGACACUCAGAAUAAAAUCUACCACGCCCUGGAGCUGCAGUUUGGAAAGAGAUACCCCUGUUCAAAGAUUUAUGGUGACGGCAACGCGGUGUCUCGUAUUCUCAAGUUUCUGCAUACGAUUGACUUGGACGAGCCCCUCCAGAAGACCUUCUGCUUCCCUCCUGUGAAAGACCCCAUCUCUCAGGACAUUGAUCAUAUUCUGGAGACCCAGUGCGCUCUAGCUGUUGAUCUGGGAGGGACCAACCUCAGAGUAGCAAUUGUCUGCAUGAGGGGCAAGAUAGUGAAGAAAUACACUGACACUAAUCCAAAGACUUUUGAAGAGAGGAUGUGUCUUCUAUUAAAGAUGUGCAGAAAUGCCAAGCUGGAUGCUGUGUCCCUCAACUGUAGGGUGCUUGGUGUUGGAAUUUCCACGGGUGGACGUGUCAACCCACAAGAAGGUGUCGUCCUACACUCCACCAAACUGAUCCAGGAGUGGUCGUCUGUGAACCUGAGGGCGCCCAUCUCAGACGCCCUGCACCUGCCUGUUUGGGUGGACAAUGAUGGGAACUGCGCUGCUCUGGCUGAGAGAAAGUUUGGCCAUGGCAAGGGAGUGGAAAACUUUGCCUGUGUUAUAACAGGGACAGGUAUUGGAGGAGGGAUCAUCCAUCACAAUGAACUGGUCCAUGGCAGUACCUUUUGUGCUGCCGAACUGGGUCACAUUAUAGUUUCACUGGAAGGUCCAGAGUGUUCGUGUGGCAACCAUGGCUGCAUAGAAGCAUAUUCAUCAGGCAUGGCCCUGCAGAGAGAGGCCAAAAGGCUGCAUGACGAGGAGCUGCUAAAGGUGGAAGGGAUGGAUAUUAAGCUCUCUGAGCCAAUCACGGCUGCUCACCUCAUCAGUGCUGCCAGAAUGGGGAACUCCAAAGCAGAUGCUGUCCUACAUAAAGCAUCCACAGCACUUGGUGUGGGGAUCAUAAACAUUCUCCACAUAGUCAACCCCUCACUGGUGAUUCUGUCUGGAGUCUUGGCCUCUUACUACCAGGCACCAGUACAGCAAGUCAUCUCAGAGAGAGCUCUCUUGUCAGCCCAGGAAACCAAGGUUGUUACAUCAGACCUAGAAGAGCCCGCCUUACUUGGAGCUGCUAGCAUGGUGUUAGACUACGCAACAAGAAGGAUAUAUUGAAGUUGAUUCUGGACAUAUUAUGACACAUUUAAUUUUUAUCAUAGCCAUUGACCAAAGCAAAAUGAAGUUGCAUUUUUAUAAUGCACAUGGGCUUGCUCACAGCAUCAUGUCACAGGUAUUGAAGGAAUGUUUAAGGAUUUUUGUGUGUGUACAUGUCCUUUUUUUGUUUGUUUGUUUGUUUGUUUGUUUGUUUUUUGGGCCCACUGAUGUUGAUGCUUUGCCAGAUCUUUAUUGCAACUUCUUGCCUUUAGUAGCUUGAUUGUAGUGAAGCUCAAGUCAUGAACUUGAGCACUGGCGACUUUCCAACCAUUUUUGUUUCUUUAAAAACACCUGGAUUACUUCUACUUUUGUUCUCUGUUUAUCUCCAGAGCGGAGCCCUGCCCUGUUAAUUUUGUUGUAUUUGAUUUGAUCUGAACCUAAAAUGAUACCCAUAUACAAAAUUCAUCAGGCUGUUCCUGUCAUCUAACACCACCAAGGACAAGUGCCACUGAAAACCAUGCAUGCCAUUAUCCUUCCACCAUCUGUUUUAAAGAUCUGUUUUGAUGCUCGAUCAGCAUUCAAAUAAUUUUUCUAGAGGUCAUAAACAAUUGAUCAUCUAACCAAAAGAAAGGUGCUGCAGAAUACAACAAAGUUUUUCUAGUGUUUGUGAUUCCUGAAGCUCUUAGCUCAUCAGAAUUACUGUCAUCCACCAUUGUUGUCCUCUGUUGGAGUCCAGGCCUAUUUUUGUUACUUAACCUACUAGUGUUCCUUUUCAUCUAAAAUGUAACUGAUUUGAAAACCAUUAUCCCAUUGGACUUUUUU